AUGUGCCAAAACGUCUUUUACACCUACUCGUGUGGCCACAUGGAGUGUGUCACUUACUGCUGCCUCAAGUGGAAGGGUGCACACGAGUCCGUAUGCAUCUAUCGUCAAGAGCCCCAGUACACGCCUCUCAGGGAUCAGGUGUGCCACGAUUGCAACGAGAUGGGCAAGAAGAGGCGUCAGGCCGCUCGAGCUCGCCGAGAACGAUAUUUGCAGGAAGAAGAGGAGACUCGACUCCAGACCGAAGUUGAAGCCCGAGGCUAUAUAUCUGAGCCUCGGGUCUCUCUGCACGAGCAGCAGUCCUUCGAAUCCCAGCACCAACAUCCCGAGUCUCAGCAGACUCGGCGGGCCCAACAGGCUCUGCAGUCACAGACCCGUCGGGAACCGGAGUCGUCUUCACCUGACGUCAAGACCAUCCGUCCACUGGAGUCGAACAAAUUGGGCAACAUGCAAUUUCACAGCGAGGCUGAUGCGCUGGGCUUGCCGCCCCACGGCCUGUACCAGUUCUACACAGGCCAAUAA